CAAUUGGAUUUUACUUUUCCAGCCCCCACCCACACACUGAUCAGAUCAGAUCAGAUCGAUCUUCCUCUGGCCCUCCUCCACCUCCUGCUUUUCUGGGUUUGGCCUGAGAUUGCCUGGUGUCUUCUUCCCGAGUCUUUUGUUGUUUCAGAUUGUCGCAGGUAUCCGGAGACGUCGCUUUACUUUACGGCUCCUCAAAUUCCUCGAAUCACAACCUGCUCUGCUCCGCUCCUUUUCUCCAGCGAAUCAUUCAGUCUCUCUUCCCCCAAAAUUCCGGCUUCUAGAUCCGUAUACCCCACAAUACAAACAAACCCACUAAACAAUUCCAAAGACCUUUUGAACAACCCACUCAUCCUCAGCUACAAAACUAUCACCUACUUGUUUCUCCUUCUCAUUCACUCUCUGUUUUCCUCUUCAAGAAUGCCAAUUCCCAGGCCACACCAACCAGCUGCGAGUUCCCCACCUCCCAAGCUUCUCAUCCCGGGACUACCCGAUGACAUAGCAGAGCUGUGCCUUCUUCACCUACCCUACCCAUAUCAAGCUCUGGCUCGCUCCGUGUCUUCUUCCUGGAACAGAGUCCUCCAAGAUCCCACCUUCCUCCUCUCCAAGACAUCCCUCUCCCUCUCCCUCCCUUACCUCUUCGUCUUCGCCUUCCACAAGUCCACCUCCAGGAUCCAAUGGCAAGCCCUCGACCCCCGCUCCGGGCGCUGGUUCGUCCUCCCCACCAUGCCCUGCCCCAAGUCCGCCUGCCCACCCGCCUUCGCCUGCGCUUCCAUACCCCGCCAGGGCAAGCUAUUCGUCCUCGGCGGCAUGUGCUCCGACACCAAGUCUCCCAUGCGGACUGCCGUCGUCUACCAGGCCUCCACCAACCAGUGGUCCGACCUGUCCCCGAUGCGGACCCCGCGGGCGUUCUUCGCAGCCGGGGUUGUCGGCGGAGCCGGCGGGAGGAUCGUGGUCGCCGGCGGGAGCGGUCCCGACCUGUCCAGCUCGACGGGGGCCGUGGAGUGCUACGACCCGAGGGAGGACGCGUGGCGGGAGGCGGCGGGGAUGGGAGGGAACGGGAUGGUGAGGUACGACUCGGCGGUGGUGGGGGGGAGGAUGUACGUGACGGAGGGGUGGAUGUGGCCGUUCAUGUUCACACCGAGGGGGGCGGCGUACGACGCGGAGGGGGACACGUGGCGGGAGAUGGGGGCUGGGAUGAGGGAAGGGUGGACGGGGAUGAGCGUGGUGGUCGGAGAGAGGAUGUUCGUGAUAUCGGAGCACGGGGACCAUCAACUGAAGGUGUACGACCCCGAUGAGGACACGUGGAGGUACGUGGGAGGGGAUAGGUUCCCCUGCGAGGAGGUCCACAAGCCUUUCGCUGCGAGCGCGGUGGAGGAGGAGGAGGAGGAGGGAGGGGUGAUCUACGUGGUGGGGAGCGGGCUCCAGGUCGGGGUCGGGCGGGUGAGGCUCGGCAAAGACGGGAAGUUUUGGGUGGAGUGGCAAGUGGUGGCUGCGCCGAAAGCUUUUCAGCAUUUGUCUCCUUGUGAUUGUCAGGUGCUUUAUGCCUGAACCCAAGAUUCUAAACUGAUCCAAUUGG